AUGGAGGCGAAUCGCAACGCAUCCGCACGCAGGCUCCCUUGCAUCGACAUUGGGGGCCUGGGUGUCGAUGAUGACGACCUGGCAAUGGAUCGAGUGGUGCAACAGCACGACGUCUCUGGCUUGUGCUUGGCCUCCUCCACAGCUCCCUCUCAUCGCUUCAACCGCUCGUACAAUGCGGCCGCAAGCAGUGAGCGCAAGCAGUUCGGCUAUGAUGGCUCGGACGAGGAAGAGGAAGAGCCGGCAGAGCCUCCGCCGGAAGGCUACGUUUGCCACAGGUGUGGCUUGACAGGAUCCCAUUGGGUAUGGGAGUGCCCAACCAAUGAGGAUCCCGAGCAUGUCAAAAAGGUCCGACCUGCCAAAGGCAUUCCUCGGAAAUGGCUUCGGAAGGUGACGCUCGAAGAAGCACAGGAGAAGAGUGCAGGUGGGGUCACACUCGUAGUGCCUGGGUACAGUGGCCACUAUAUCUAUGACCACGAAGCCUCGGCUGAAGAGAAGAAGCGCAUCGUGGGCGACACGGUGCAAGAGAAGGUCACCAUAGCGUUCACGCAAGGUGCCCGCCGGGUGGAGGAGUCGCUGAAGUGCCCCCUGUGCAAUCAGAUGUUUCGGCAGGCCGUCUUGGCUCCUUGUUGCGGAGCGACGUUCUGCAGCGACUGUGCCAUUGAUCGACUAGCGCACUCGACGACAGAAAGCAGCAACUGUCCGGGUUGCGGUAAGGAGGUGCUCGUUCAUGAGCUGAUCCCCAAUGAGGACAUUCGCAAACAAGUGGAGCAGGUCACCAAGGCAUCCAAAGCCACUGCGUUAGCAGCGCAGAAGGAGCCUCAAAAGCCUCAGAGCGGCUUCUCCAUGACGGCAGCACUCAAGGACCGCGUCAAUCGACCGCGCAAGCACGCCGAAGAAAUCGCUGCAGGUGGGGAUCAGCCACUGGCAUUGACUGAUGGGAGUGCCAGCCAGCCGCCUGCACAGCCGCCACCGCCGAACUGGCAGCCGCUGGCGUUUGGACCGCUUCUCACGCCGGAGCAGUUCGCACGCUGGCAACAAACUCUACGCACUGGAGACUGGACGAAUGCCAAG